AUGAACAGGAUCCUCUUAACCCCUCUCUGUUUUGGAGUUCUAAGUUUGUUAUCUGUGAUGGUCUUCACAGAGUUGGUACAUGGACGGCCAUAUCUCCCCCAAGGAAAUGAAUUAUUUCCAGAUAAAGAAGAUACAAAUUAUGAAGAACUACUGAUGGCACUAUUAAAUAGAGCUUUUGCUCUCCAAAAAUCUUCCAACAUAGAUAUAGAACUGGCCAACAAAUUGAAGGAAUUUAACCAGCUAGAAAAGAUAAAAGAACAACUCACGGGGGCAAAGGCUGCUGAAGUGUCUUAUGCUAUAGAUGGUCUAUCCUCUUCCCACCCUAACAAACGAGCCUGCUUUUGGAAAUACUGUGUCUAA